AUGGCCGCCCAAACAGCAGCAAAAAAGAAGGGCACUGCUUCUACAAUUAAGAAAUCGUCGAAGCGUUCUAACAAUACCGGCGGGCCUAGAGCGGCAAAGAAGGCCAAAUCUGUGCAGUCAGGAUCGACUUCAGGGGAGGCCCCCGAAUCGGCAGGAUCCGAAUUGGAAGAAUCUGACCAUGGACCGUAUUGCAUUUGCCGUGGUGCAGACGAUCACCGAUGGAUGAUAUUCUGCGAAAACUGCGAGGAUUGGUACCAUGGAGAGUGUAUCAACUUGAACAAAGAGAUCGGCGAAUCUUUGAUCGAAAGGUUUAUUUGCCCACUCUGCACGACUGAGAACCGCAAAACAAUUUACAAAAAGACAUGCUCGCUGAGUGGCUGCCGAAAACCUGCACGACUAACUGAUGAAGAGCCGAGUGUCUUCUGUUCCGUCGAACAUGCGCAAACCUGGUGGGAACGCAUGAUCGCCAAACUGCCUAAGGGGAAGGGAAAGGGAGUCGCCAACGACCAGCUCACCCAGGAGGAAUUUAUGGCACUUUUGGAAAGUGGCUCUUCAGGCUUCGACGAGAACGGUAAUUGGCGAUUAGUCAAGGAACCAUUCUCGGGUGAAGAGACGAAGGCAGCCGAUACAAGCGGAGAGGGGGGCGAAAACAAUGACGACGCGCUGCAUCUUUCUGAUGAGGAGAAGGAGUUUCUGAAAAAUGCGGCUGCAGCACGGUUCCAACUGGCGGAGGAGACCGUUCUAUGCCACAAAAUGCUGACCCUCCUGGACUACGCUCAUGAGCGUCGCCAGGCAGCUAUCAGUGCAGGCCGGUUCAAAGAAGAUAUUUGCGGCUACGAUCAACGUCUUGAUACCGUCAGUGCCCGUGACCCUUUCGACGCUUUCGCAAAGUCACAAGAGGGUGAGGCCAUCUUUAAAGCGGGUCGGCUUGACGACCCCCUGGGAGAAGGUGACGAGGUGCGCGGCAUGUGCGAUCGCAAACGCUGCAAGAUCCACAGCGGAUGGUAUAAGAUGCUCUCGUCGGGCCUGAAGCAUCAUAUCCGCGAAAUGGCGACCCAGGCAGAUGAGGUUGGAGAAGAGGAGAAGGUAAUGCGCCAGGCCGCAAAGGAACGCUGGAGUAGAAAGCAAUCGGAGAACAACUGGGUCGAAGUACUAGACAUCUGA